AUGAGCUUUCUACCACGCCUUCGCCAUAUCAAGGACGAAAAGGAAUCUUUAGACUCCUCCUCUGAAAAAAUUACAUAUACUUACCGUGACGAAGCCAACCGUCCAUGGUGGAAAUUCUUCGACGAGUUUGAGUAUCGUCAGCCCAGUCAAGAAGCUUCUUGCCGCAAGUGGUACAGAUGGUUCCCAGAAGGGACUUCUGCACAAGAAGUAAAACUUCUGUGCAAGUUGGACAUUCUCAUUGCCUUCUACUCCUUUGUUGGCUACUGGAUUAAGUACGUUGAUAGUUCAAAUCUCAACAAUGCCUACGUUUCAAACAUGAAGGAGGACCUCGGCAUGAAAGGCAAUGAUCUUAUCAAUACCCAGUUAAUCUUUAACAUAGGAAACAUUUUACUGGAGCUUCCUUGGCUGUAUCUGCUGCCUAGAGUGCCAAUCAAUUAUUCUCUGUUCAUUUCGGAGUUCGGUUGGGCUGCCUUCACUUUAGGAACAUACAGAGUCAACAAUGUGAGCUCCUUACAAGCUAUGCGCUUUUUCGUUGGAGCCUUUGAGGCCGCCUAUUUCCCAUGUAUACACUACACUCUUGCCAGUUGGUACAAGCCUACUGAAGUGGGCAGGAGGGGGGCACUAUUCUACGCAGGACAAUUUUUGGGUGUCCUCACGUCUGGACUACUUCAAUCGGCUGCCUUCAAUAACCUUGAUGGCAGCCGCAAUCUUGCUGGAUGGCGUUGGAUGUUUAUCAUUGAUGGAUGUAUCUCUUUUGUUGUUGCUAUUCUCGGUCUGUUCUCCCUUCCGGGCACGCCUACUCACUGUUACUCAAUCUUUUUAACCGACGAUGAGAUUAGGCUAGCCCGUAGGCGCAUGAAGGAAAACGGUACAGACUCAAAACAGGAAACCAGCAGUUUCUUCUCUAGGGAAAGCUGGUCCAAGGCACUCAAAAGCCCACACAUCUACAUUUUGAGUAUUGCAAACAUGAUGGGAUUCAAUACCAACAACACUUCAGCUGGAACAUUUACCUUGUGGCUCAAAUCGCUAAACAUCAACAUUGGUAAGAUCAAUAAUUGGUCAACGAUCCCUCCUGCCCUUGGCAUUCUGUAUGUCUUCAUUAUUUGUGUUGGUGCUGAUCUUACUGGUAAGCGGUACCUCUUUAUUAUCUUUUCGUUCCUUAUGACAUUUAUUGGCAAUGUCAUCCUUGCGGUAUGGGACGUGUCUUACGGUGCCAAAUGGUUUGCUUUCUGUUUUGCAUACUGGUCGUGGUCACAAUCAUCUGUGUUCAACCCCCUGGUGAGUGAUCUUUUCCGUAGAGACAACAAUGUCAGAGCCAUUGCGUGGGUGAUAAUCUAUAUUAUGGGUUUGCAGUCUAGCGUGUGGAUUAACAGGCUGAUCUGGCCAACUACUGACAGCCCAAGAUUUGAAAAAGGCUUUACAACGUGUGCUGUAUUCAGUAUCGGUUUCAUUUUUUUGCUAGCCGUUGACUACUUCUUUUACAAAAAGGAAGAGCGAGAGCAUGCUAUUGAGAAUGGCAUCUAUAUCUACAAUAGCAUAACUGAUGAAAUUCCAGAAGGGGGAGAAAAGGAUGUUCACGUACACAGAGAGACCAUUUCCCUUAGUGAAAAGUGA